AUGUGUGGAGAAGAACCAAAUAUUGGAGAAAUGAAAGCUCUUAUUUUAGUCGGAGGGUAUGGAACUCGACUUAGGCCUCUGACAUUAAGUAGGCCUAAGCCAUUGGUUGAAUUUGCUAAUAAACCUAUGCUGAUGCAUCAAAUUGAAGCAUUAGUCGAAGCUGGAGUAACUGAAGUUGUAUUAGCUGUAUCAUACAGAGCGGAACAGAUGGAAAAGGAGUUGAGUGAUGAGGCAAAAAAGUUGGGUGUUAAAUUAAUUUUUUCGCAUGAAACAGAACCCCUGGGUACAGCUGGACCUCUGGCUUUAGCCAAAGAUAUUUUAUCAUCGACUAAUGAACCAUUUUUUGUUCUGAAUUCUGAUAUUAUUUGUGAAUUUCCGUUCAAAGAACUUGUUUCUUUCCAUAAAAAUCAUGGAAAAGAAGGAACAAUUGUAGUGACAAAAGUGGAAGAACCAUCUAAGUAUGGUGUUGUUGUUUAUGAUGAGAAAGGUUGUAUUGCCAGUUUCAUUGAAAAACCACAAGAAUUUGUUUCUAAUAAAAUAAAUGCAGGCAUGUACAUACUAAACCCUUCAGUUUUAAAAAGAAUUAAACUGGAACCAACAAGUAUUGAGAAAGAAGUAUUUCCGUUUAUGGCUGAGGCAGGAGAAUUGUAUGCUAUGGAGCUUAGUGGAUUUUGGAUGGAUGUUGGACAACCUCAAGAUUUUCUUACAGGCAUGUGCUUAUAUCUUACAUCUUUGCGUCAGAAAGCACCUGAAAAGUUGUACGCUGGCCCUGGAUGUAUUGGAAAUGUUCUAGUUCAUCCUACUGCUCGAAUAGGUUCUGGGUGUUCGAUCGGACCGAAUGUAACCCUUGGUCCUGGGGUUGUCGUUGAAGAUGGUGUUUGUAUAAAAAGGUGCACCAUUUUGGAAAAUGCUAUUAUCAAGUCUCAUUCAUGGCUUUCUGGGUGUAUUGUUGGAUGGAAAUCUGUUGUGGGACAAUGGGUUCGAAUGGAGAAUACUACCGUUCUUGGAGAAAAUGUAAAUAUAAAAGACGAACUCUAUGUCAAUGGAGGUCAAGUACUUCCUCAUAAGAGCAUUGCUAAGUCUGUGCAAGAUCCACAGAUUAUAAUGUAA